UAAUAAAUACCUUUGAUAUCAUUGAGCAAUAGAUUUUGAUUGCCACAGAAGAAGUCAAAGACAUGCCCGCAAAAUCUGGUGAAUAUAAAAUAGAACAAUCUGUUGUGGCUGUUAACAUUGAUUCAUGUUAAAAGCUCAAAAAUAGUCAGAAGAAACAAACGCCAAAAAUGGCCUAUCUGCUGUUGUUUCAGGUUUGAACAGAAGAAACCAGAGACAAAGAUUCAAACAAACAAACACAUAGACAACGUCCUUUUGCACCUCAUAGCGGUUGAAAAGAUGAGUCAGAAUUGAGAGAAAUAACAACAGCCUCUGAGAAAUACACUCACACACUGUUUUAUCCAUUAAAGUGUGUACAACAAAGCAAAAACCACCCCAGAAAAAAGGGAAGAUGAAAUGGCAUAAAAAGGAUUAAACUUUGAUAACACCUUUACAAGGGAAGAGGAAUAAAGGAUUCUUGCCUUCUGGGGUUGGUUGGUUGGUUGCUGUAGUUUGAUUCUUUGUUGUUAUCAUAUUGAAUAUCAUCACAGAAGCUUUGAAGGAUUUCAAAGAGAGAGUUGUUGGAACAAAGAGGAAGAGGGAGGAAUGUGGUUGCCAAGGAGUCAACAAGAGAAGGAUGGUGUAAAUGGAUUAGUAGCGGUUGCAGGUUCUACUGUGAUUCUCAUCCAUGUCAAGAUUAACUCUAAUUCCGCGCCUUCUUUCACCCCAAGAUCACUCACCGGAUUCAUCACCGGUAAAGAAUCUAUUGGCAGAGAACCUGAUGCCCAAAACAAAAGCAUUUUCCUCCCAUAUCGCGUCUUCUGUACCCGGAAAGAUAUACAAUGCAAGGACGUCCUAAUAGAAGAUGUAGACGUUGCCAAAGCGAUAGUUGAAUAUGCUACUCAAGCAGGAAUUGAGCAUUUGGUUCUUGGAUCUUCAUCCAAAACCGGUUUGCUCAAAAGAUUCAAGGUAUCCGAUAUCCCAGGAUCAGUAACGAAAGGUGCACCAGAUUUCUGUACAGUCUAUGUUGUUUCCAAAGGGAAGAUUCAAUCGAUGCGAUCUGCUUCCCGUCCUGCUCCACCAUCUGUUGUUCAGCUUAGUUCAGAACAAACAAACUCACAAGUGCAGAUGCCUCCAGGUUGGAGAGAGCAUGAAAGGUUCUCUUAUGAGGGAACGCCACAUAGAUCGCAGGAGGGAACAACAGAAUUCCGGUCUCCAUUCACUAGGAAAGGAUAUCAUGAUAGGUACACGGAACAUUCUGCGCCGGAUCUUGACAUAUCCUUUGUAAGUAAUGGUAGGCCAAGCUCAGAACGGAUGGUCCCCUCGUUUUAUACUGCAGAAACAACAACGUCCUACUCCAACCCUCGGUUUUCAUAUUCCUCAGAACCAGAUACAAACUAUAGUUUUGAGUCAGUGCCUCAAAGGAGGUCUUUUUACUUGUUUUAUAAGGAUGAUAUAGAGGCUGAAAUGAGAAGAUUGAGGUUGGAGCUCAAGCAAACAAUGGAAAUGUACAACACAGCGUGUAAAGAAGCACUAACAGCACAACAGAAGGCGGUAGAACUUCAGCGUUGGAAACUGGAGGAAGAGAAGAAAUUGGAAGAGGCAAGGCUUGCGGAGGAAGCCGCGUUGGCAAUAGCAGAAAACGAGAAGGCAAGAUCUAGAGCAGCCCUUGAGGCUGCUGAAGCACAAAAGAGGAUAGCAGAGUUGGAAGCACAGAAGAGACUAAAUGCAGAAAUGAAAGCAAUUAAAGAAGCAGAAGAGAAGAAAAAAGCAAUUGAUGCUUUAUCACACUUAGAUAUUAGGUAUAGGAAGUAUUCGAUUGAGGAGAUCGAAGCUGCGACAGAGUUUUUCAAGGAGUCACUCAAGAUUGGAGAAGGUGGUUAUGGUCCAGUUUAUAAGUGCUGCUUGGAUCACACGCCCGUAGCAGUGAAGGUUCUACGUCCUGAUGCUGCGCAAGGAAGAGCACAAUUUCAAAGAGAGGUUGAGAUACUAAGCUGCAUACGGCAUCCAAACAUGGUUCUUCUCUUAGGGGCCUGUCCGGAAUAUGGUUGCCUUGUGUACGAGUACUUGUCUCAGGGAAGCUUGGAAGAUCGCCUCUUUCGUCGUGGCAACACUCCAUCACUUUCUUGGCAGAUCAGGUUCAAAAUUGCUGCUGAGAUUGGCACUGGCUUGUUAUUUCUUCACCAGACAAAGCCGGAGCCUUUAGUCCACAGGGACUUGAAACCGGCGAACAUCUUACUCAACAGCAACUUUGGGGCCAAGAUCAGUGAUGUUGGUUUGGCUAGGCUAGUCCCUCCAUCUGUGGCCGACAGCGUGACACAAUAUCACAUGACAUCUGCGGCCGGAACCUUCUGCUACAUCGACCCUGAGUACCAGCAGACAGGAAUGCUUGGGGUGAAAUCAGACAUAUACUCCCUUGGAGUCAUAUUUUUGCAGAUUUUGACAGCAAGACCACCAAUGGGUUUGGCGCAUAGCGUCGAAAGAUCCAUUGAGAAGGGGACUUUUGCACAGAUGCUUGAUCCAACGGUGCCUGACUGGCCAAUAGAGGAGGCCAUGAGCUUUGCAAAGUUGGCAAUCCGGUGCGCCGAGCUACGAAGGAAAGACAGGCCUGACCUGGCCAAGGAAAUCUUGCCAGAAUUGAACAGGCUAAGAGACUUAGCUUAUAAAGACAAUCCAUUUUUCGCAGUUGGAAACUCUCUCGAUGCACCGUCAGAGGGCCAAGUUUCGCUGAAUAUGGAUUCAGGUCCCUCUAGUUAACACAUUAACUGGUGUUUGAACAAGAAAAUUGAAAAUUCCUUCGUUGAUUUGUACAUUAUUUAGGUGAAUGUAUGUAAUAGCAUUGCUUGAUUCUUCAUUUUUAAAAUAUGC